AUGAACAACAGUUUUUUAAACAUGGCGUCGAUAGGCGACUUCGACCCGCUCAACGCGUCUAUCCCGGCCACCAAAGUUGAAAUCACAGUGUCUUGCAGAAACCUGCUAGACAGGGACACCUUCUCCAAAUCAGACCCAAUUUGUGUUCUCUACACACAAGGCAUGGGCAACAAGGAGUGGAGGGAGUUUGGGAGAACCGAGGUGAUUGACAACACGCUAAACCCGGACUUUGUGCGGAAAUUCAUUUUGGACUACUUCUUUGAAGAGCGACAGAACCUGCGAUUUGACUUGUAUGAUGUUGACUCGAAGAGUGCCAACCUGUCAAAACACGAUUUUCUGGGCCAGGCCUACUGUACUCUCGGAGAGGUGGUUGGAUCAUUGGGCAGUCGCUCGGAAAAAGCUCUUGGAGGCAUCCAAGGGAAGAAAUGCGGGACCAUUAUUGUGAAAGCCGAGGAGCUGAACAACUGCAGGGAAUCAGUGAUGAUGCAGUUCUGCGGGAACAAGUUGGACAAAAAGGAUUUCUUCGGCAAAUCCGACCCCUUCCUGGUCUUCUACAGGAGCAAUGAGGAUGGCACGUUUACCAUCUGCCACAAGACAGAGGUGGUGAAGAAUACAUUGAACCCAGUGUGGCAGGCCUUUAAGAUCCCUGUUCGUGCUCUUUGUAAUGGUGAUUAUGACAGAACAAUCAAGGUGGAGGUGUACGACUGGGACAGAGAUGGCAGUCACGACUUUAUUGGAGAGUUCAGCACCAGCUACAGAGAACUGUCCAGAGGGCAGAGCCAGUUCAACGUCUAUGAGGUGGUAAAUCCAAAGAAGAAAGGGAAGAAGAAAAAAUACCUCAACUCUGGAACGGUAACGCUGUUGUCAUUCCUGGUGGACAUUGAAGUCACCUUCCUGGACUACAUCAAAGGAGGGACGCAGAUUAACUUCACCGUGGCCAUUGAUUUCACAGCUUCCAAUGGUAACCCAGCCCAACCCACCUCACUCCACUACAUGAGCCCCUACCAGCUGAAUGCCUACGCCAUGGCCCUGAAGGCAGUAGGAGAAAUCAUCCAGGACUACGACAGCGAUAAGAUGUUUCCCGCGCUGGGGUUCGGAGCCAAGCUGCCACCCGACGGAUGGAUCUCCCACGAGUUUGCCUUGAAUGGGAACCCUCAGAAUCCAUACUGUGCAGGUAUUGAUGGUGUGAUGGAAGCUUACUACCAGAGCCUGAAGUCAGUUCAGCUCUACGGACCCACCAACUUCUCCCCUGUCAUCAACCAUGUGGCCAGGUAUGCAGCUUCGGUGAAGGAUGGCUCCCAGUACUUUGUGCUCCUCAUCAUCACAGAUGGCGUCAUCUCAGACAUGGCUCAGACCAAGGAAUCUAUUGUCAACGCCUCCUGUCUGCCGAUGUCAAUCAUCAUCGUGGGGGUGGGACCUGCAGAAUUUGAUGCUAUGAUUGAGUUGGAUGGCGAUGAAGUCAGAAUCUCAUCCAGAGGAAGAUAUGCUGAGAGGGACAUUGUUCAGUUUGUCCCAUUCAGGGACUACAUCGACCGGACGGGGAACCACAUCCUGAGCAUGGCCCGGCUCGCCAAAGACGUCUUGGCGGAGAUACCCGACCAGUUCCUCUCCUACAUGAGGACCCGCGGGAUCAAGCCAUCGCCAGCGCCACCUCCCUACACGCCGCCAGGGCAGCCCCUCCAAACCCAGAUAUGAGGAGCCAGGAGGAGAAAGGUUUGGGAGUCAGGGGUUAGCUGAACUUAAUGCGCAAAAUACUUCCAUUUCCCCAAAGCCGCUCUCCAUGCCUCAUCAUCGUGGGUCACGGUGGUCUUUCUUGAGUUCAGGAAGCUGCAUGUCGGGCCAGGAGAGUGUCGCUUUUGAGGACAGGAAAAGCCAAUGAGAGUCUGUUUACUUCCACUGUCAAGCAUUCCUGUUACUGUCUGGAAUUUUUUUUUUCCUGCCUGGGAAACCUGGACAGGCUUUGGACAGAGUUUGAAUGAGAGUCUGAAUUCAAGCUGGAAAGAAAAGAAGCACUGAAGAAAGGAAAAGAAGAAGCAAUGAAGGACAGCUCUUGGGACACAUUGUAAAGAGAAUGUCUCCAGACAAAACAAAGGAAUCACUUGAUCUUAUAUGAACCUUUUCUGUAAAUAACUGGACUUUCUCUGUCUCUUUCUCUCUAUCUCUCUCCAACUCACUCAUUGUUUACAGUAAAUGCUAACAAGGAUUUGAUACUUUUAUAUCCACACAGUUUCAGUAUGAAGCUUGUAAUACUCUCUCUCUCUCUCUCUCCCCCUCUCCCCCUCUCUCUCUCUCUCUCUCUCUCUCUCUUCCUCUCUCUCUCUUUCUCUCUCUCUCUCUCUCUCUCUCUCUUUCUCUCUCUCUCUCUCUCUCUCUCUCCUGGCAUGUGUGUCAGGUAACAGCAGUGCAGGUCCUGGUAGCCCUUCUGUACCGUACCGUACCGUGCUGUACCGUACCGUACUGUAUUCUGGUGUUUGUAUUUACCUUUUGCAUGAGUGUAGCCUCAGUCAAGUGCAUGCAUAUAGUGGCCCUGCACUACCUCUUCUACCCACCCGUCUGUCUGUCUGUCCAUCCGCCUGUCUGUCUGUGAGGGGUGAGUGUCUGUCUGCCCGUAUCUCCAUUUGUCACCACAUCCUGUCGGUCUGUCUGUCUGCACUGCACUGUCCUUCACCCUUCUACAGCCCCCCCCCCCUCUCUCUUUCUCUUUCUCCCCCUCUCUCUCCUCUAUCUUCUGUCUUUUAUGUCUCUUUCUCUUUUAGCUGUGUUUCCAUCUAACUUUUUUUUUUUUGGCAAGUUAUAAUAGACAAGCUGAACAGAAAAUGCGUCAUUUUUAUUCUCAUCAGUUAUUACAGAACAUAAUCGGCUUCAUAAAUGGUUCAAAAUCACUGCAUGACAGUUUAAAUUCAUAUCUGAAAUGGCUGUGGAUAUUCUCAUUCAUCCAGGUCAUUGUAAACAUCAGGGCCUUCAGUCGUUCGUAACUGGACUAGUCAGUUUGUCUUGGAGGACGUUUCGCCUAGAGCUGUACUAUCUAGUCUGGAGCGCACGAACUGAGGAAGCCUACUCGGAUGAGAGACAAACUGACUAGUCCAGUUGCGAACGACUGAAGGCCCUGAAGUUUCAUAUCUGAAAUGGGAAAUAUCUAUUCCUUUUCUCAUCUACUUUUCAUCUAGCGCCCUCAUUAGGUCCAAUUUUUAACAGCCUUAGCUGUACUGUGCUGUCUUUAGUGCUAAUUAGCAAAUGUUAGCAUGCUAACACACUAAACUAAGAUGGUGAACAUAGUAAACAUAAUAAAUGCUGAAUGUAAGCAUGUUGAUAUUGUCAUUGUGAGCAUGUUAGCUUGCUGACAUUAGCAUUUAGCUCAGUACAGCCUCAUACAACUGCUAGAAUGGCUUUAGACUUCGUCUUGUGUUUUGCCUGAACAGUGAAGUAUGGCCAACAUCAGCAACAUUUAAGGACAAAUGUACUUUCUUAUAUUUCAAACUCAAGUUUGCUCGAACCAAACUGCAUUUCUUGAGUUGUGAAUGGAAGCACAGCUACUCUGUCUCUCUCUGUCUCUGUUCCCCUCCAAACUGCCUUGGCAAUAGGAUGCCCACAUGCCCAGGGGUUUCAUCUCAUUGUGUCGUCUAACACCACAUCCCUGCCCCGUGUUUAAACGACAGCAGCUGCUCUCAAACAAAAUACUGUUUGAGCAUAAAGAGCCCAGUGGUCAAAAAUGCAGAGAAAAACACACUUUCCCUAUGUUGGCUUUUUGUUCCUUUUUUUUUUGUGUGUGUGUGUGUGUGUAUUUUAUUACACCUUUAGCUUUGAUAUAGCUUUUUGUAUGUUUGUUUUUAUGAUGUGUAUCUACCUGUGCCAAUCUUGUGAAAAAGAAUGAUUUGUGUGAUUCCUGUCCAACAAGUUUCCAAUUUAACAUUGAACUUUCAUUUCUGAAUGAAGAAUGAGAGUUUUUGUCACGAAUGUGGAAGCCUUGUUCAGUCUUGUUAUGAGAGUGUGUUUCAAUGAUGGGUGACAAUGUUAAAUGAAUGGGAGUUGUUUCUGAAUGUGUGUUGUAUGUAACAACUACAUCUUUUAAAACAACAUUAGAAGAAAUGUUUUGAACGUCUUACAAAAAGUGGGAAUGCAGCUGUAUUCCUGACAACUCUUGAGUGAGUGAAUUAGAUUGCGGCACCAAAAAUGUGCAAUAUUGCAUUCACAUGAUUCACAGUGAUGUUAAUGCUUUGAAGUACUUCUAAACAAGUUGUGGUGAAUUGAAGUAGCCAUAAUUUUGGCAAGCAUUUGUUUAUAGUGGACCUGAUGUUUCCAGAUGCUACAGUCCAUAUGUUACACAUCUAAUAUUCAAGUCAAACCGGUCAGUAUCAAUGAGUGAAUACACAGCAGACACUGUAAGGGUUAUUUGUCAACUAUCUGUUUAAUGCACAAAUUAUUUAAACUUUAUAAACAUAGUUUUGAAAAUGCAAAUGAAUACAUAAUCAUCUACCGCAACUUAUUUAUCAAAUAUUUCUAAAAAAAGGUUCACUAUCCACAUUUGAAUUUCACAAAUACGUUCUAUUUAAUGUCUUAUUUAGUAUGAAUUACUGUACAGCUCAUUACCACCACAUCAUUCACUGACAGACUCUGAUGUCUUAUAAAACCGAGACUUCUUAAAGAAAUCACUAUGUAUUCAGAUAUUAAUGCAGCACAAUUUACAGACACUGAGUGUAUAUCAAAAUCAAAUAUUCCUUUGAUAUAUGCUCAUUGUGCAAAACACAAGCGCUGACCUGCUGCUACUGGCUGUAGUACAGGCCUGGUCCACAUGUACACAAGUACUUCUUAAAAACAGGGUUUUUCCUCUUUCUUUCUCCUUCUUUUUUUAAAAAAAAAUCCUGUCUGCACUGUUUUUUAAAAAUGUCCAUUCAUAUGAAAACCCAACCGCACAAUUGAAGCAUGUCAACAGCAUGCCAGACAGACAAGCAGCGAUAUAACUCUAGCCCAUAGCCACGUUCACCCAUCAGAAGCCACAAGCCGGAAAACUCUGUUUUCUGUCUGGACAUGAACUCUUCAAACAGAGUUUCUGAAUAUGUACAGACCACCCUGGAGGGAGUUUUCCAGAAGGUCCGGUUUGUGUGUGGGCGAAAGGCCAAAUCUGCAUUUAAAAAAAAAAAAAAAAAGUGUGUACAUGUGGACUGGACAUCGUCUCCACAUACUGUGUCAUUUUGGCUGUUUUCAGGCGUUGCUGACAACUUUCCUGAUUUUCUUUCUGUGUAAAAUCAUGAGCUGAUUACAGAGUUGCUGUAGUCAGCAUUUUUGUGCCAGUGCCAGACACUUCAUCCUGCUAACCUGCUGUGAAACAGACUCUCACCACAUUAUAGUCUCUGUCAUGACAAAGUCACAGUCGUGUGACCAAAUAUUAUUUCUAACAUUUUGUACUCUUUUUUUGAGUAUCUUACAUCGCUGCCUUGUCUAGUUGCUUGACAUUCCCGUGUUUCUUUGUUUUCUCACGACCCCGCCCCUGUACUGCGACUGUAGCACACUGCCAUACAUUGGACUGACUGCUUGUGUGUGUGUUUGCUUAGCCAGUGCAGUCACAUUCCUGCAGCCACCCGCUGUGUUCAAAGCAUAGCUGGACACAUCAUUAGGACAUGCAGGUCAAAACGAAGAGUUCAUUACUGCCUCAGCAGAUAUACUGUACAACACAUCCUCCAAACUGUUCCAGGGCCAACACUGCGGGGGCCAGAGCUGGGUUUAUUGUGGCUUUUACUGAUUGGAAAGGCAGAGUAGGAUCUUUCUGGGAGUGGGGCUACAAGGUUGAAGUCAGCUAAAUCUUAGAUGUUAGUCCUCGCUGACACUUAAGCAGGGACCCCCUCUGGCAGAGACAAAUUUCUGUGUAAAGAGAUAGAAGCUAGUCUGGCACUGCAGCCACUGUGGACACAAGUGACAACUCCUGCAUGAUGUUUCAGGAAAACGACUGGAGUUUUGUUUUUGUUGCUCCGGCCAUCGAUUAUAAUAAUAUUGUCCUGUACUCAUGAAAGUAAUUGCCAAGUUCCUGCAAUUACGAUAAACACUAAAAUAUAGUUUAAGUGACUCAGUAAUGUCAGUCACACAGCAAUAUAUGUCUAAGGUUUAUACAUUUCUAACAUAACAUAAUAAAUUCAUGUACACAUUGCCAUUUAUACACGUAUGUGACACAGUGACGGUACAUGUACUCACCUUUCUGACAACUUCCACAUUGCCCCGAGCCACGUCUCGAUGUUUUCUUGACAGGUUCGGACUUGAAAAUUGGCCGUCCAGAUUCAAACCCAGGACGUUGUUGCACUGUGUGCAUGUUGUGCAUGGUGCACCGUACAAACAGCCUACAUGACGCCCACGUCAUGCCCUCUGAAUGGCUAACUACCUCCUGUUUCCUGUCACGUGUUCCUCAGCAAAUCCUUUCGGGGUGGGAAAAUGCAUCUCUUACUUCAUACUCAUUUCACCAGAUUUAAUGGCAGGGCUUGUCAACCAGGACAGGACACAGUCUGGAGUCAAAAAAGAGCAACUCACAUUGUAAGCAACCUGACACCUAACUGUGAAACGUAAUCACUGCAGAAUAUUUAAUGUUGGAGCUCAAAUACCACUGAAUUCAGAGCAGUUCAGCAUUUUGCUGUGAAGACAGUUUAAAUUAGAUGAAAACAAAAUAUGUCAGUAGCAUGAAUUCAGUGGUAUUAUAUUUGAAUUGUUUUGGCCUUCCUUUACGUCCACACACACACACACACACACACACACACACAUAAACAUACAUUUGUUGUUGCCAUAGUCAUUGGUGCCAGCUGUUUUCUGUCGGUGCGCUGUAGGUGCAUUAUUCUUUUUCUUAUAUUGUUUUAACUUUGCAUCAUAUCGCAGCAGCUCACUGACGUCGCCAAGCUCCAUAAAAGUGUGAGUAGACUGUGUGUGUGUGUGUGUGUGUGUGUGUGUGUGUGUGUGUGUGUGUGUGUGUGUGUGUGUGUGUGUGUGUGUGUGUGUGUGUGUGUGUGUGUGCGCGCGCGCGCGCGCGUGUGUGCAUGUUUGAUAUCAAUGUACUUUGGGGAUCUGUGUGUGUGUGUGUGUGCGUGCCUGUGACACCUUUAUGAGGGUGUUUUAAUAGACCAUGUGAGGCGUUAAGACACAUAAGAUCUUUGUUUACUAAAGCUAUCCAAAUAAUAUAUUGUAUGCUCAUCAUAUCUUCUUAACAGCGUGCACUAUGUUUGCAUGUACAGUUUUACAAAGGAUGCACCAGUUCCUUUUGUUAAAAACUGAGUGUUUUGAAAUAUAAAGCUCUAUAUGAAAAUUAACUGUACAAAAUGGCCUUAAAUCUUUCACUGACUUUCUCGGAAUUGUGCGAUGCCUUCUUCAGAAAAAUGAAUUGUUUAAAGGAAUUAAUCGUUAUCUAUUUUGUGUCGGUGUUUUUAUUGCUUUCUAGUGUAUUUUCUUUGCACAAGUUCGAUUAUGGGAAAAAAAAUAUAUCUUGUACUUUUUUGAAACCGUGAUUAAUCAGAGAAAGCAUGGCUGAAGUACUGAUUGUCUGAUAAUACAUAUAAUAGAUGACUAUUUCUGUAUCGGACUAUGGAUUUUUAAAUAAAUAUUCAUAUUAAACAC